CGGAGAACCUCCAUCUUGUAUUCGUUGAUUAUAAACCACUUCCCAAAAAUCAACAAAUUACUGAGACUAGUUUAGUCAAUAUCCAUCCAACAUUCUAAAUAUAGCAACUUCAUGUAAAAUCUUCCAACUACCUAAAUAUUAAGAUUGUUGGAUUUUUUGCUGAUUAAAAGCUUAUUGAAGCCUGACUGACAAAAAGUCAAGUUUGAAAUUAAACUUUUUAUGCUGUGACACAACUUGCAAGUCUUUAGUAUAUAAAAAUUAUUGGGAGUUCUGAGAAGCAAUGGAUGCAGACAGAACCAUGGAGCAGAUGAGUCACUCCACCUCCACAGAGUUCCUGUCCCUGGAGCACAUGGAUGCGGCUGGUGCCUCCAGUCCUGGCAGCUCCAUGCUUCUUGUUGCAGCAGAUGCCAGCUGCCUGCCCACCACAAUGAACAGCAGCAGCAGUGCAGAAGGCAGCUACAUGGAGGGGCUGGUGUGCAGCAGCUCUGACCCGCCAGAUGAGCAUCAUUUCCUCAACACGGACGCUCUCGACCAGCUAACCGGGAGUCUACUUGAAGUGCGUGCACCUCUUCAUCUUCAGUUUGACUCCACAAACUCUUCGUCUGUGCAGCGUUUGUCAUACAUUCCUAGCAGCUCUGGACCUGCCUCCAUCAGCCUUGUCAACUCUGAUGCAAACUUCAGUGUAGCUUCUACUGGUAAUAAUGUGUCGGCAUCUGGCAACACUGUUCCUUCCUCGAGUCUACUGAACGCAUUCAGCUUUAUUGAUGCCAAAGGGAACCCCAUCACUGGAAAUGUUGUCAUUGAAGAUGGAAACAUUGUUAUACAAGACCAAACAUCUGGACACAACAGUGAGAUUUUCUUGAAUAUUCCUUGCUCUGAUUCAGAGCAGAAUAGUAUUUUGAACAUCUCGUGUUUGGACUCUAGACCAAAAAAUGCAAGUAUUUCUUGUUUUGAUACCCAGCAAGGUACCCUUCUCAGUAAUAUUAAUUCUUCUGUUGCUCAAGAAAAUAAUCUUGAGAACAUUCAUUGCUCAGAGACACUACAAAAUACACUUCUUAAAAACUUAGAUAAUUCUCAAGAGGAUUCCCAAAGCAUUUCUUCCGCUGUUGGAUUACGGGAUAUAGGCACAGCAUCUCUAGGUUUAGUGGACCAAUCUAACCUAAUUCUGAACUCCUUCCCUGGUGGCAACCAGCUGAAUUUGUAUGGAGAUCAGGCCAGUGGACUCAACCACACAAGUUUUAUUCUGCGCAAUGAUUUGGUGACGCAUCCUGUAGUGUCGGACUCUUCAAUUCUACUUCCCCUCAGCCAUGCCUUGGACUCUGGCCAGUCUCAGGUGCUGCUCGGCAGUAUAAAUAAUGGACAGUCGUUCUGCCUUCUUAGCGACUCCUUGGCAGACAGUGACGGAGGUAACGCUCUCUUGGCACAGUCUUCAGAAUCUCAAUCUCAUUCAUACUUGCUCAAUAAUCAGUCUUCAGUGUCACAAACCCAGUCUUUGGAGCCUAAUAGUAGAGCCUCUGUGCAAUUAUCUCAGUCUUUCUUGCACAACAGUCAAUCUUCAGGCAUGCAAACCCACUUUCUGGAACUACAAGGAAGCUCGUCAGACUUGAUGCUCAGCGGAUCAUCAGUGGGCGCACUCCAUUCGGUCCUUGAAGGCCCAAACACCCUAAUGCUUGAUAACAAUUUACUUGACAAUGACAACAAUCAGCAUGAACAUGAUGAGAAGAACAUCUUCAAGAAGAACCAUUGCAGUGAUCAGGGUUAUAGAAACCUGACGGGGAAUGAAUCUCCGCUGGCGGGCCAGAUACUGAUGGUGCACAGCAAUGGGACGCACAGCAUCGUGGUAGACACGCCUGCUGCUCAGACUUCUGGUGUGCAGCCGUUAUCGCUGCAGUCGUCGAGUGACAAGCUGCUGAGACCAAGCAGCCAGCAGCCACAGACCCCCAGGAAGACCAUCCAUAUCCUGCCCCUCAAGAAGACCUACAAUAACAAUAGCAACAACAACGCCUUCUUUGUCACCAACAGCACUAGCAAUAAUAACACCAAUAACAAUAACAAUAUCAGCACAAGCAGACAUAACAAUAACAGUUUCCGCGUUGUUUCUAGUAUUGCUGGCCGCAGUAAAGUUAUUUCCAGUAAUAACAGUAAUAUUAGAGUCAACUCUAACCACGUCUCUGGUGGCAGCAUUAGCAACACAAACAUCAUCAAUAAUAGCAGCAAUAAGUGUGUAAUAAGUAAUAAUAACAGUAGUUAUACUGGGGUGCACGUAAAGGGCGUUGAGGAGGGGGCGCUGGUGCUGCUCGCCGCCCCCCAUGAGGCUAACCGUCCCCCGUCCUUGUUGGACCACAACGAACAGUUGGGUGACCAGGCGAGCCCCGUGGCCCCCGCGGGUCCGUACCGCUGCCCGCGGUGCCCGGCGGUGGUGCGGGCCUACAGCAAGUACAGGAAGCACCUGCUCGCCCACAGGCAGGACAAGCCCUUUGCCUGCGCCGUCUGCGGGGACGCCUUCAACAGACAGGAGAACCUAUCACUGCACGAAGGGCUGCACGGGCCGGGCCCGCCCUUCACGUGCCCGCGGUGCGACAAGACGUUCAGACGGCUGGCCUCCUACAGGGCGCACCUCCCCCUGCACCUGCUGGACGAGACCGUCGCCUGCCCCGCCUGUGGCGAGGAGUUCGUCUCCACGCUGGAGCUGCCAGAGCACGAACGCCUCAUCCACGGGGGACUCUCCUCAACCCCCGGGGGCUUAACCCCCACCAUCAAGUCCGAACCCCCAGACCCCGCCUUCUGUGACACCAAACCCUGCCUACAGACCCAUACCGCCCCCCAGGGGUUGGGGCUCACAGAGAAGAACCCCAACCACGUCAUCAAGUGUGAAGGUCCUGGUAAUAAAUCCGGGGUCCCUUGGGGGGUUCCAGGGGUUCCCUGGGGCUCCGUUGACCAGGAGAACUCGGACCCUGAGAACCUGGGUCCUGAGUUUAGUUUAAACUCGGACCCUGAGUUUAGGGGUCAGCUGCUGCUGCCCCCUAAACUGGAGGGGGAUGAGGGUGAGGGGAUUGUCGUGGUGGGGGAGGAGUUCUCCAUGGAGGGGGAGGAGGAGGGGGAGGUGAUGCGUCUCCUGGAGGAGGUGGUGCAGCGGAGGUAUUCCUGUGACGCCUGCAGCGCCUCCUUCGUCUCCCCGCGCCUCCUGGACCAGCACCGCGUCCUGCACAGGACGGCUAAGAAGCUGUCGCGCCCCAAGGCCCGGCGGCGGCGGCGGUACAGGAGCUUGGUGGGCAGCCCACCGCGGGGUGGGGCGGGCAGGGGGCGAGUGGGGCACCGCUGCACCACCUGCAGCAAACUCUUCGACAAGCCCUCCCAGCUGCUGCGCCACCUGCGCAUACAUACGGGCGAGAAGCCCUUCAAGGUGGGGCACGAGGGCGAGAAGCCCUUUAAGGUGGGGCGAGUGGGCGAGAAGCCCUUCAAGGUGGGGCACGAGGGCGAGAAGCCCUUCAAGGUGGGGCACGAGGGCGAGAAGCCCUUUAAGGUGGGGCACGAGGGCGAGAAGCCCUUCAAGGUGGGCGAGUGA